GCCCACCUCUGGGACCCUAGACCCCGGAACCCCCGCGGCUCCACCCAGUGUCCGGGUCUCGCCGUCCCCACGCGUGCGCUCGUGGGUCCCGGACCUAGGGCCCCUGCGUUGGGGGCGGGGUGUCUGAAGCUUCGACCCAAGAGGUGGUGGACUGGAGCGCCCCUCUUCCUUAUGCCCUCCUGUGCUGGCACUCCCUCCCGGCUUCCAGCAGAAUCUUGCAGUGUGCCAGUACCCCCCUUCCUGGGCUGCAGGGUCUGGUGCCGGUACUGGGACACAGCCGGCAAGGCUGAUGGAAACGGAUUUCCAGAACGAGAGAACUGCACGUGCAAAAGCAGGGAGAGUGGACAGGUUGGCACCAGGGCUCCAUGGGGAAGGGGCCAGAGCUGAGCCCCGCUUAACUUGAAUGUAGGGGUGAGGAGCUCAGAUGCCAUCCCCAGUGUGCCUGAAAGCCCUGAAGGCCCAAGCUGGGCAGCCUGCCCACACCCGGGAAAAGUGGGACCAGGAAGGGGAGACAGCAGAGGAGUGGGGACUGACUCUGCCAAAGGUCCAAAGAGGCUCCUACCCAGCCUUACACCCUCUGGGACUCUGGAUCCCUGGGGGGCAAAUAGGAGCACCUUUGUGAGGUAGGGAUAAUUCAGUACCUCCCUCAGGGGUUAAUGGGAGUCCCUGAGACAAGACACAAAGUCCUGGUGGGUAGUUAGCUUUGGGCACUCUUGGAACUUCACAGCUGUGGGCAACUUGUAGACAAGAGACAGCGGUCUUCAAAACUUGGGGGUGCCUUCUGCCAUGAUCAUAGCAAGGACCUUUGCUUUUGAGUGGGGGUGACUGAUCCAAGCUGGCUAGCACCCUGUAGGUGGAAAGCCUACCUGAGAGCCUCAACUCCUGGAAAGGUGGGGAACAGCCUGACCAAGCCCAUAGUAGCAAGACCAGGUCUGACCAUUUCUGGGAUUUAUGGUCCAGCAAGUGAGUCCUGAGACCAAGCAGGAAGAAGUGGGCAGGGCUGAGGCACAGGUGAACCCAGAAGCAGGGGAAGGGUUCCCUGGUGCUCAGGGAGGGGGCAGGUGGGGCAGGUGGCAGCUGAGUUUUAUGGACAUGCCUUGGUGACAAGUGGGGGAAAGAGCAAAGGUAACCUAGUGACUUUGGGUGCCUCCUCACCUGAAAUGGAUGUUUCAAGGGCAGGUAAGAUCGGGCCAGGCAGUGGAUGGGCCUUCCCCAACUUUGUCCUUCUUUCUUCCUGCUCUCCUUGCUCUCAGGCACCCACCCAAGGCCCUUCAUGGAAUCUGGACUAGAUCAAGGGUACCUUAGCCCCACCUCAAAUUAGACUUCAGGAAGAACUUCCAGGGGGGAAACAGAGGGGAAUGGCAGUGGGAUGGACUGAGGAAAGGUCAUUUGUAAACAAGACAGUUACACUUUGUCCUGGGCCUUCCAAAGUCCAUCCAUAAGCUGCAUCUUCCAGAAGACCCACCUUAUGCCUUGAGGACACCUUUGCUGCACUGAUCUAUUGACUAGGUGCCCCAUCCCCCCAGCCCAGUGCCUUACAGGGCCUUAGAGUAAUGGGGGAUCUCCUGAGGCCAUGCUCUUCUUAGAACUAAGUCCGGGAAGGGGGUGGGAGGCCACACAAAUUCCCCUACCUUCUGCUUGACCUUGAUGAGACCUUGGCUCCUCAGUUUCUCAGACUUCUGUUGGGCAUGACCUCAGUGCCACUGGGCCAGGGGUGGGGGUGGGGGAACCUUUAUGGCUGCUAGGCACGGGCUGUGGCAGGGCUGUGUGCCUGGCUUCUUUCUCCCCCAACCCUAUUAGUCCCGGGCUGGCCGCCGGCUCUUGUUCACCACAGAGCUGGGUUUCCCUGGGGACCAGUGGACUGGCCUAGCCCCACACUCCCGCCACAGCCCCUCCUGGCCACAGCUCACACUGGGAGGAGGGGUAGAGACUGAGCCACCUCCUGGACCCUGCCCUGCCUUUCAGGGCCUAGCAGCCUCCGUCCACUGCUGGGCUGAGAGGAAGGAAUUGUGUUUGUUUUUGGAGGAGGUAGCUCUCCUGAGACUGCCAGCCAGGGUGGAGGUUGAGGCCAGAGGGAACCCUGUGUCACUCCCAUUUGAGGAAGAAGAAAUCCAAGGACCAGGAAGGCUCUAAUUGCUCAAGGUCCUAGAGGCAGUUCCAGCUGGCAUGGCAACUCCAGCAUCGCUAAGAGCAGCAGGAGACCCAGCCCCAUGGGGGGCGCCCUAGACCUCCGACAGACCAACCAUCUGUGGCCCUGCCUGCCUGCUGGUCCUCAGGUCACUCACCAUGGGUGGCUGCUUCUCCAAGCCCAAGCCAGUGGAACUCAAGAUUGAGGUGGUGCUGCCUGAGAAGGAGCGGAGCAAGGAGGAACUGUCGGCUAGCGGAAAGGGCAGCCCCCGGGCCUACCAGGGCAAUGGCACAGCCCGUCACUUCCACACUGAGGAGCGCCUGCCAGCCCCCCACCCCUACCCUGGCCCUCAGGACUGCGUGGAGGCUGCCGUCUGCCAUGUCAAGGACCUGGAGAAUGGCCAGAUGCGGGAAGUGGAGCUGGGCUGGGGGAAGGUGUUGCUGGUGAAAGACAACGGAGAAUUCCAUGCCUUGGGCCACAAGUGCCCACACUACGGAGCACCCCUGGUGAAAGGAGUGUUAUCCCGUGGCCGGGUGCGCUGCCCCUGGCAUGGUGCCUGCUUCAACAUCAGUACUGGGGACCUAGAGGACUUCCCAGGCCUGGACAGUCUGCACAAGUUCCAGGUGAAGAUUGAGAAGGAGAAGGUGUAUGUCCGGGCCAGCAAGCAGGCCCUGCAGCUGCAGCGAAGGACCAAGGUGAUGGCCAAGUGUAUCUCUCCAAGUGCUGGGCACAGUGGCAGCACCAAUGUGCUCAUUGUGGGUGCAGGUGCUGCUGGCCUGGUGUGUGCAGAGACACUGCGGCAGGAGGGCUUCUCGGACCGGAUCGUCCUGUGCACGCUGGACCGGCAUCUCCCUUAUGACCGGCCAAAACUCAGCAAGUCCCUGGAUGCACAACCUGAACAGCUGGCCCUGAGACCCAAGGAGUUCUUCCGUGCCUAUGGCAUCGAGGUGCUCACUGAGGCUCAGGUGGUCACAGUGGAUGUGAGAAACAAGAAGGUCGUGUUCAAGGACGGCUUCAAGCUGGAGUAUAGCAAGCUGUUGUUGGCGCCAGGGAGCAGCCCUAAGACCCUGAGCUGCAAAGGCAAAGAGGUAGAGAACGUGUUCACUAUCCGGACGCCUGAGGAUGCCAAUCGUGUGGUGAGGCUGGCCCGGGGCCGCAACGCAAUUGUCGUAGGAGCUGGUUUUUUGGGUAUGGAGGUGGCUGCCUAUUUAACUGAGAAGGCCCAUUCUGUAUCUGUGGUGGAGCUUGAGGAAACACCCUUCAGGAGGUUCCUGGGGGAGCGCGUUGGCCGUGCACUCAUGAAGAUGUUUGAGAACAAUGGGGUGAAGUUCUAUAUGCAGACAGAGGUGUUGGAGCUGCGGGCCCAGGAGGGAAAGCUGAAGGAGGUUGUACUGAAGAGCAGCAAGGUCAUUCGGGCUGAUGUCUGCGUGGUGGGCAUUGGUGCGGUGCCUGCCACGGGUUUCCUGAGGCAAAGUGGCAUUGGUCUGGAUUCCCGAGGCUUCAUCCCUGUCAACAAGAUGAUGCAGACCAAUGUCCCAGGUGUGUUUGCAGCUGGUGAUGCUGUCACCUUUCCUCUUGCCUGGAGGAACAAUCGGAAAGUGAACAUCCCACACUGGCAAAUGGCUCAUGCCCAGGGGCGGGUGGCAGCCCAGAACAUGCUGGCUCAGGAGGCGGAGAUCAGCACGGUGCCCUACCUGUGGACUGCCAUGUUCGGCAAGAGUCUGCGUUAUGCGGGCUACGGAGAAGGCUUUGACGACGUCAUCAUCCAAGGGGAUCUAGAGGAGCUGAAGUUUGUGGCUUUUUAUACCAAAGGUGAUGAGGUGAUCGCUGUGGCCAGCAUGAACUAUGAUCCCAUCGUAUCCAAGGUGGCUGAGGUGCUGGGCUCUGGUCGUGCCAUCCGGAAGCGGGAGGUGGAGCUGUUCAUGCUGCACAGCAAGACUGGCGACAUGUCUUGGCUCACAGGGAAAGGAUCCUGAGUUCGAGUGUAGUGGACUUGGGCAGGCAUGCUGGGGUACAAGGAACAAAGGCCAAGCCCUGGGGGCAGGUGCCAAUCUCCAGUUUCCCAGCAUCCAGGGCAGAAUUUGAGCCCUCCCAAUGCUUGCCUUUGGCUGCCUGGAUCCCUUCCAGGACGGCCUCUGCUGCCUCCAGAAGAUGCUCACCCAUCAGGGCCUCAGCAUCCACUGACAUCUGGCACUGGAGGUGGGACAGGCCCUGUCUCUUUUCCCUCUGUUGGGACUGGUCCCCUGGAGGACCCUGCAACAUGUUAGACAUUAUCUUAAAAUUAAAAUGCACACAUUUGCAGA